AUGUCCUCAAAUCCAUUCAUCGUCUCUUGGUGGCCAUUGGCUCUUGCAGAUCCAGCAUUGUUCCAUGUUUCUAUACAGACGGCGUCAUUAGAUGAAGAGAGGCGUGCUCAGAAAGGCUUCCCUAUAUCAGAACUUCUCAUGGUGGAUUCUGUAUCUCUAAUACGGAAGAAGAUAGGGAGUUCGUUGCUGGCGAUCCAGGAUGAGACAUUGAACUCUGUUGUCACCUUGGCCGCCAUUGAACAUGGAAAGGGGAAUAUUGACGCCAGUAGAGCGCAUAUAGACGGGGCGAAACGUAUUGUUGGGAUCCGAGGUGGACUUGAUCAAGUGAAGCAAGUAAGCCCUUUGACCGCGAGGAUGAUUGCUUGGGUAUCGUUGCUCGUCACAGGCUCCCCUCAAUAUGCAAUACAGGACGACCUUGGCAUUGGAGAUGGAGUUGCUCCAACACUGCAAUGGCUUCUCGCAUCGUCCUUCCUUGAGAUCCAAGACCCUGUUGUUGAUGCUCUCCUCCUCGAUCGCGAGAUAGCAGAUAUUCUGACUCGCUUGCGUGGCAUGUUUCACCAACCGAACGCCUUGAGUUUAUUGGGUACCGAACUUCACGAUCUUACAUGUUUCGUGGUUCACAAGCUUUUGCUCAUUCCGCCACUCAGAGACUCGCCUCAAUCGGAGUGUCUGCGAUGCGCCAUAACACUCUACAUGCUCAUCAUACAUGGCACAACUUAUUAUACGCAUACAGAGUUGGCAAACAGGAUCAUUCAACGUCUCAAGGGCCAGCUCCAACCUUUAGCGGGUAAAACGGGCAGUGUCUUCUUCGGUUCCUUGCAGAUCUGGGUACUCUCAGUCACAAUUGUCUCGGCUACGGACCCAACAGAUAUACAAUGGCUCAUAUACGCAGCCAAAAUUGCAGCAAAUGCCAUGGAUUUGCAGUCUUGGGAUGAUGUUAUUGUCCAUCUACAGAAUAUUCUGUGGCUGGAGACAGAGCGCGCAGAAGUGUUCCGACAACAGUGGGAAGCAAUUCUGACAUGA